ACACAAAGUGUGUUGAACUAAACCCGCGCGGUAAGAGCCGUAAAACAAACAAAAACAAACUUCACGUUUUUUAAUGUUGUGAAACGCAUAUGCACGUUUGUUUUUUUUCUCCGUUACAAACUAACAGCGCGGCAUGACAGACGGUUAAAACUGUGAAACAGGUCUGUGUGUCAGCGCAUCUCCCUCUGUGUGUUUCCGGGUGGCGCGAGUCUACUCCGGUGCAUCCCAGCUAGCAUCAAUCGGUUCAGCCUCCCUCCGCCAUCCAGCCACAACAACAGCUACCGGAGGCCGGGACACCAAACAGUUAUUGACCGAGACACAUCUGUUAUUGAUGUCGUAAAGCUGAAACCGGGCAGCGGGAAGGAGUCAUGGCGGCGUCGCUUCUCUCCGAGACCGACAUUAGGCACCGGUCCAUGGCGGAGGAGGAUCCGAACGGGAACGAGCACGGGGCGGCUGCACGCAGCGCGGAGCCUCGCUGGGGACCGCAGCACGCCGGGGCCCGACACUUGGCACGGCUCUACUCUCCCGGUAAGCGGCUCCAGGAGUGGGUGUGUGUGAUUCUGUGCCUCUUCCUCUUCAUCAUCAACUUGUCCUUCCUCCUCCUGCACUUCUCCACCGCUCAUGUCUACAAGAUCAUCCCCGGCAUCGUCCUAGGAAUAGUGACAGCAGACUUUGCAUCAGGGAUGGUACACUGGGGGGCGGAUACCUGGGGAUCUGUGGACAUCCCUGUUUUUGGAAAGGCAUUUAUUCGUCCAUUCAGGGAGCACCACAUUGAUCCAACCGCCAUCACGCGCCACGACUUCAUUGAAACCAAUGGCGACAACUGUAUGAUCCCCGUCCUGCCGCUGGCUCACAUGGCCUACAAGUUCCUCACAUACACACCAGAGGCCGUGGCGGCGUCCUAUCCUUGGGACUGCUACGUCUUCGCCCUGGCGGUCUUCGUGACUCUGACCAAUCAGAUUCAUAAGUGGAGCCACUCCUACUUCGGCCUCCCGCGCUGGGUCACGCUGCUCCAGGACUGGCAUCUGGUGUUGCCACGGAAGCAUCACCGCAUCCACCACGUGUCUCCGCACGAGACGUAUUACUGCAUCACUACAGGUUGGUGUAACUAUCCCCUGGACCAGCUGGGCUUUUGGAGACGAAUGGAGCAAUUGAUCAAACGUCUCACAGGGCACAAGCCGCGAUCAGAUGACCUGGCGUGGGCCAAGAAGAUCGACAGAUAAACGCGCAAACACACGGCCGCCGGAUGGACGGGCGGACAGUUGGGCUUGCCGAUGAAAACAUCUAGAGACGGAGACGGAUGGGGAAAACACAUACACAUGCAUGUUACUCAUGUCUUUGUGCUUUGUGCUUUUCUGCUGAAGAGCGAACAUUCAAAGAAACUGUUUUUGCAAAAAGAAAAAUCAAAGAUGGUUCGAGGGAUUUCUGUCCGUGCUGGAGUCUGCAGUAUAACGAGCUUCAAACGUACGAGGUGAAAACAUUACUAGAUUAUAACUAUAUAAUUAUAUAUAAUUAUAGUAGCCAAUCAGCUUGUAGUCCUGUUUAACCAAUGAGAUGUGUGGGUGUAGGAGGUUUCUGGAGGUUGGGCUCUCCAGAAGUUACACCGCACUGCCUGUUGCAGGCAGCUUCUUACACACACGCACACACACACACACUCACUCACACACGUACACAAACAAGUUUGAAAGUCUCUUCUAUUUCUUCUCGUCUUCUUUUUUUCUGGCCCACCCUGGAAACAUCACCAUUCUCUUUAAAUUCUCACGUCUGUUACACACAAGAAGGUGAAAAUGGGAUGAUUGUGAGGAUCCAUUAAGACACUGAUAACUCCCCUCUUUUGUGUCUGUGCUUGGUGAUCUCUACAGGCCAGACAAGACUUUGGGAGGACAAACAUGUGGAGAAAGGUUUGAUAAAAUACAUACUGUAGCUUCCAUAGAAACGUAUAGCACUAAUAUAGAUAGGUCAACAGGCAUGUUGCAGAUGCAGACUUACACAUGUGCAUUUCUCAUUGAUCCUUUUGUACAGAAAGAUGGUGUUUUUUUUGUAGCAUUAGGAGUUCACCUCUAAAUGUAUAGAAACCUCUAAAGAACAUAUUUACUGCAUAAAAACUGUUCAGCAAAAAGCCGUUUUAAGGAGGUUUAAUACGAAAAUGUAUUUCACUUGAAUCCAGACGAGUUCAGAAUUUUUCGUAUUCCUUGUCUCUUUGUAUAUAACAUUUUCAGUGAGGACAUGCACUCUGAAUGAAAGCUACAGUGCGGUCGGAUUUCCGUCUUUCUCGACAGACAGAAAAGGGGACACAGCUGAACUUGUAACUGGCGGUAUAGAAGGUUUAAAGCAGGCGAGCCUGUUUCUCAAAGUUAACAAAAUCCCCCUACCAGCGCCUCUAAAGCUCACAAAUGUAUAUGUUAUAUACCUUGUUGGUUUAAUCUGUACAAAGCCAAAGAUUCUGUUACCUUCGAGCAGAGCCAGGCCAGCUCUUUUCCCCUGUUUCCAGUCUGUGUGCUAAGCUAGCGUUGUGGCGAUAGCGUCCUAUUUAGCGUACAGUCGUGAGAAUAUUAUGUUAUCAAAAUACAACAACUAAGAUGAAAUGGAGAAAGUCUGGCAUGAAGUCUGGAUGACAGGUUGAUGUUCAUAUAUAAACUUUAAGUCUCUUUGCUCCAUUUGAACAGAAAUGGACACAGAAAGAAGCAGAAACGUCUUGUCAUCGGUGGUAUAUCCUUACUGUACAGAAAUCUAUCCAGCAGAAGCUCCGUUUCUUGGAGGAUGCUUUCGGCUUCCCCCAAAGGCUAUCAAAUAAGCCUACAUGUGUAGUUAGCGUUAGCUUUCCACCUCCACACUGGACGAGCCGGGGCAGGAAAGCACAGCUUGUUGUUGCCUCCUAGUCCAGCAUCAUUCUGCAUCACUACAAUUUGUUUUUAUUCAGGAUUUUAUGCAGUUCAGACACUAUUUCCUAAAGCACUUCUUAGUUGUUUAAAUUCUUAAGAGAGCUUGAAAAAUCCUUUUUUAUAUUUAUUUCUCAACAGAUAACCAUUUUGCAUUGUUCAUACCGUUUGAAAAAAAAACACCCAAAUCCCCUUGUAGAAAAGACAAAGAAAUUUCGUCAGCAGUUGUGCGAGAUGCUAAUUGGUGCCGCUGUCUGCCACACUGUGCAACUGUAAAUACUAAACACACAACAACAAGGAAUGUUUCACAAACCUCUGAAUCAGAGUGAUACGCAUGGCAACAUUCUUACAUCAGUCUGUGUCAGCUGAUGUGGAAGAGGAAAAGGGAAUUCUUUUUUUAUUGCACAACAGAAGAAAAAAAAAUUGGUUAGCUAGUUGCUUAUUAGGUGCAAAUAAUGUAUCUCUGAUUUUUGUUUAUGUUGCGUACAAUGACACAUGCACUUUAGUUUGCUGUUACUAACUCUAAACUCGCUGCUCGACUUGUAGUUUAUUUCUAGGCUGGAAAUCCCUUCAGUUGCAGAAGGUCAAUAAUAACAGCACUUCAUUGUUUUACUCAGUAAAUGUCUGAAAAUGUGUCCUGCAAUCACUCGUUCACUCGUGUGUUUUCUCUGGCUUUAUCAUUUUCUAUUUUUUUAUGAAGCCUUGUACAGUUCCAUUUUGACGUUCCAUUUCGCUGCUCGUCUUGCCUUAAUGUUUUUAUCUGCUCUUUGAUUUAAAUAAAGGUUUAUGAACAUG